AUGCCUCCAAAAAAACAACAGGAAGAGAAAAAAAUACUUUUGGGCCGUCCAGGCAACAAUUUGAAAGCCGGUAUUGUUGGUCUUGCCAACGUUGGUAAAUCAACGUUUUUCCAAGCUAUCACCAGAUCGCCACUAGGUAACCCAGCGAACUAUCCCUUUGCGACGAUUGACCCUGAAGAAGCUCGUGUGAUUGUUCCAUCUGCCAGAUUUGACAAAUUAUGUGAACUUUACAAGCCAGCCUCUGAAGUUCCAGCGCACUUGACUGUUUACGAUAUUGCCGGUUUGACAAAAGGUGCUUCGGCUGGUGAAGGUUUAGGUAAUGCUUUUUUGUCGCACAUUAGAGCUGUGGACUCUAUUUACCAAGUGGUUCGUUGUUUCGACGACGCCGAGAUUAUUCACAUCGAAGGUGAUGUCGACCCAGUGCGUGACUUGGAAAUUAUCAACACCGAAUUGAGACUCAAGGAUAUCGAAUUUGCGGAAAAACACUUGGAAGGUGUUCAGAAGAUCACCAAGAGAGGGGGUCAAUCUUUGGAAGUCAAGCAAAAGAAGGAAGAAGCCGCUUUGGUCGAGAAAAUCAUUGAGCUUUUGAAAGACGGUCAAAGAGUUUACAACCAAAGCUGGAGCAGUAAGGAAGUCGAAGUCAUUAACUCGAUGUUCCUGUUGACUGCCAAACCUUGCAUUUUCUUGAUCAAUCUGUCCGAGAGAGACUACAUCAGAAAGAAGAACAAGCACUUGCUCAAGAUCAAGGAAUGGGUUGACAAAAACUCUCCAGGUGACUUGAUUAUUCCAUUCUCCGUUUCUCUUGAAGAGAGACUUUCACAUCUGUCUCUGGAAGAAGCCGACGAGGAACUCAAGAAUUUGGGCGUCGAAUCUGCUUUACCAAAGAUCAUCACCACUAUGAGACAAAAACUAGACUUGAUCUCGUUUUUCACCAGUGGUCCUGACGAAGUUCGUGAAUGGACUAUCAGAAGAGGCACUAAAGCUCCACAAGCUGCAGGUGUCAUUCACAAUGAUUUGAUGAACACAUUUAUUCUAGCGCAAGUGAUGAAGUAUGAAGACCUUGUCGAACUCAAAGAUGAGGUUGCCGUCAAAGCAGCCGGUAAGAUGCAACAGAAGGGUAAAGAAUACGUUGUUGAGGACGGCGAUGUCAUCUACUUCAGAGCAGGUGCCGGUAAGAAUUAG